GUCCAGAGUAAUCCCAUGCUCGGAAGUUUACAAUCAACUUGCCCGACAGGUUCGGUGAAACACUGUGUUUUUUAUGUGAACAUGCUGGUUCUCGGGCAGCCUACAGGCGGCUCGCAUGGCCCCCUCGCUUGCUUUGUGUGUGGAUUGUGCGCUGUGUGGAUUUCGGGAUUGUCUGUUUGUGUGUGUGAGAGAGAGAGCUCUUUAGCGGCAGAAGGUGUGAGGAUCACGAUUCUGCGUUCAGGGCUGUGUUUGUUGCGGCGUGUGUGUCGGGGAAGAGUUAAGUUCAAGAUGUCUAAACGAGCCAAGAAGAACGAAGCGAGAGUGGAGGAUGCAGAGCCGGACAGCGGAGCAGGCUCGGAGGCUAAGCGCAGUAAGAAGACAGGAGGGAAAGCAGUCAAGGAGCCGGAAGCCCCAGUGCUGUACGAGGACUCUCCAGAUAAACUGAGCACCCCAGACGGCCGAGCUGCCAAUCUCAAAAUCACCUCCUGGAACGUGGACGGGUUGCGCGCCUGGGUCAAGAAGAGCGGUCUCGACUGGGUGAGGGAGGAGGACCCUGAUAUCAUCUGCCUCCAGGAAACGAAGUGUUCUGAGAAGGCUCUGCCUGCUGAGAUCACAGACAUGCCUGAAUACCCACACAAGUACUGGGCUGCCUCUGACGAGAAGGAGGGCUACAGUGGGGUGGCCAUGCUCUGCAAGACCAAGCCCAUCAACGUCACCUUCGGAAUCGGCAAAGAGGAGCACGAUAAGGAAGGCCGAGUCAUCACGGCAGAGUUCCCUUCCUACUUCCUGGUGACGGCCUACGUUCCCAAUGCCGGCCGCGGCCUGGUCCGGCUGGAAUACCGUAAGGGCUGGGAUGUGGACUUCCAAGCUUACCUCACCGAGCUGGACCAGCGCAAGCCCCUCAUCCUGUGUGGGGAUCUCAAUGUAGCCCACCAGGAGCUCGACCUGAAGAACCCCAAAACCAACCGCAAGAGCCCCGGCUUCACCCCCGAGGAGCGGCAGGGCUUCAGCGCUCUGCUGGCCGCGGGCUUCGUGGACAGCUUCCGCCAUCUCUACCCAGAGCGCCCGGGCGCCUUCACCUUCUGGACCUACAUGAUGAACUCACGCAGCAAGAAUGUGGGCUGGAGGCUCGACUACUACGUGCUGUCCCAGGCCCUGCUGCAGAACCUCUGUGACAGCAAGAUCAGGUCCAAGGCCAUGGGCAGCGACCACUGCCCCAUCACAUUGCACAUGACCCUGUGAACAGCACUGCCCCGUCACACUGCACAUGACCCUGUGAACAGCACUGCCCCGUCACACUGCACAUGACCCUGUGAACAGCACUGCCCCGUCACACUGCACAUGACCCUGUGAACAGCACUGCCCCAUCACACUACACAUGACCCUGUGACCCCUGCCCCAUCACACUACACAUGACCCUGUGACCCCUGCCCCAUCACAAGCAUGUGGCCCCAUCACACUGCACGUGACCCUGUGUCCCCUGCCCCAUCACACUGCACAUGACCCUGUGACCCCUGCCCCAUCACUGCACGUGGCCCUGUGACCCCUGCCCCAUCACACUACACAUGACCCUGUGACCCCUGCCCCAUCACACUGCACAUGACCCUGUGACCCCUGCCCCAUCACACUGCACAUGACCCUGUGACCCCUGCCCCGGCUCACUGGACAUCAUUUAUAUAUAGCUCUAAAUGAACAGGAAGUCAUUUUGAGAUCUUAAAUUGAAUGUCAGAUAUCUGAAUUAUUUAAGCUAUUUCAAUGUUUUUGAGAUAUCCUAAAAUGAUUUAGGAUAAUUUUAGAUAUCUCAUUUAAAGCUAUAUAGAAAUCGGUUUCAGAUAUCUCUAAAUGUUUUUGAGAUCUCUUUAAAUAUUUGAAGAUAUCUGGAGAUCAUUUAGAGAGAUCUUUAAAUGAAUGUGUGAUCUCUCUCAUUGAUAAUUUGGCUUGCUAUGGUGCGCAGGGUCCUUUUUGUUUUCUAGGGUGUGCAGAAGACAAGGGGCUCUGAGUGGGAAGGUGCCGUGCAUAAUCUGCAAAACUACAGGUUGGGAUAGGUGCUCUUUCGAGGCCUUUUACCCUCUAGAAUAAAAUGCUCUGCAAUUUGUAAGUAACGUCACGCAACCAGUGUGUACAAGGUGAUAGCACUCAUGUGUAACACAAGAUUUGUUAUUUGCUAUUUUUUCAAACCUUCAUUCGACGAGAUGGAAGCCAGUCUGUGCUGGGCUUGCUUGUGCCAGCCAGGCCCAGCACUGCUCUUCUCACUAUGCUUUCCUUUUACAAACCUUUAGUUGGCUACAAGACUCAAGUUUCUUUUAGACCUGUAAGGAUUUUAAAUUUAUUUUAAAAUAUUGCAU